GCGGGGCAAACGGGCCUCCUUCGACGCGUUCAAGGACCUCCCCGCCCGCGACCUCUUCGACCUCAAGCACGACGAGCGGUUCAAGGUCUGGGAGCGGGUCCUCGAGGAGUCGAAGCGGACGCCGGAGGUGUUCGGGGAGGACCCUGGGAAGGAGCUGAUGGACGAUCGCCGUUUCGUCAUGAAGGCGGUGCGGAUAUCCGCGCAGGCGAUGAGCUACGCGCCGAUGCAGUUGCGCGAGGACAGGGAGCUGCUGCUGGAGGCGACGCGGCUCACCCCCUUCGCGCUCGAGCACGCCCCGACCGACGCGCUGAAGGACCGCAGCUUCGUGCUCGAGGCG